AUGAACCUAAGCUAUCCAAGUAAUUAUUUGAUUAUUACUAGCAUCUUAAAAGGGCUCUAUUUUGCAAUAGCGCGUUGUUCAUCUCUUCCUUGAUCUCUAAACCAUCCAAUUUGAUCCAACUUUUCACCAUACAAAAACAAUAAACCACGAAGAGGGAGAGAGAGAGGGCUGGUGAACACAGAAGACAUUAGAGAUGUACAGAUUCAGCAACACAGUGAUAGGUUUCUUGAACCUAUUCACUCUCUUAGCAUCGAUACCGAUCAUCGGAGGAGGACUAUGGAUGGCAAGGAGCACCACAACCUGUGAAAGCUUCCUCCAAAAACCACUUCUACUCAUAGGCUUCAUCAUCCUCAUAAUCUCCCUAGCUGGUUUCAUCGGAGCUUGCUUCCAUGUUGCAUGGGCUCUCUGGGUAUACCUAGCUGUCAUGUUGUUCCUCAUAGGUGGUCUAAUGGCUUUAACUGUGUUUGGCUUUGUUGUCACAGGCAAAGGUGGUGGUGUGGAUGUACCAGGUAGGGUUUACAAAGAGUAUCAGCUAGAGAACUACUCACCAUGGUUGAGGAAAAGGAUUAAAGAUCCUCAUUAUUGGGAGACAAUCAGGAGCUGCAUAUUUGGUUCAAAGACCUGUGCCAAGAUUGCUUAUUGGACUCCUUAUGAUUAUCUUGAAAGAAACAUGUCUCCUAUUCAGUCCGGUUGCUGCAAGCCACCAACUUCAUGCAACUACGCGGAAACGACACUGACUCAAGACCCGGAUUGCUAUCGGUGGAAUAAUGCUCCGAACCUACUUUGCUACGAGUGCGAUUCGUGCAAAGCCGGUGUGCUUGAGGGUGUGAGAAGAGAUUGGCACAAGCUCUCAGUCCUUAACAUUGUCAUGGUUAUCUUGCUCAUUUGUAUCUACUCAAUUGGUUGCUGUGCUUUCAGAAACACAAAACGGGCCGAGACCGAUUACCCACAUGGCGUACCCCGGAUCUCCAAAGUCCACCCCAGAUGGGAUUUCCACUGGUGGAGAUGGUGGCAUCACAGAAGACACCAGCUUUAUUAGGCAAUGUGUUUUUUCUUUCCUUUCCUUUUUUUUUCUUCACAACCUAAAUCCCAGUUGGUGUUUUUCCUUGUCUAAAAGAUGGGACAGUUUUGUUGUUUUUCAGUACUAUAUGGGCAUGGAUAUGUACAGAAGUAGGAGCUUUGUUUUUGUGAAAAUUAUUAUUUGUUAUAGAACUUUAAAAAUAUAUGUAUCAUUUUAUACUUAAAAUAGUCUCCAGUAUAAAAAUAUAUAUAUCAUUCUUCUUUCA